AUUUACCUGGCUUUCCCAUUCGUCUAUAGGCAGCUUCCUCUCCGGUUUAGCACUUAACUAUGGCUGACGAUGCCAAUACUAUUGCUACUGCGUCAGUUGAAGAGACAGCCGGCAUAGAUGACGUGGAGGAGGAGGAGUCCAAGGAGAUCCUCCUCAUGAAACAGCGUGUGGAGGAGAUGGAGAGGGAGGCAAACAAGCUUCGAGAACUUCAAGCUGCCGCCGAAAAUCAAGAGCAUGAAGGCGGUGCCAGUGAUGCCUCAGUGCCUAUGGAGACUGAGGAUGAAAGGGCGCAAGCUGAUCAACGCAGUAUAUUCAUAGGAAAUGUUGACUAUGCCUCUACGCCUGAGGAGAUUCAGCAGCACUUCCAGGCAUGCGGUACCAUCAAUCGAGUAACUAUCCUGUGUGAUAAGUUCACAGGCCAUCCAAAAGGCUUCGCGUAUGUGGAAUUCGCUGAACCUGAGUCCAUCGACACAGCACUAGCCAUGGACAACUCACUCUUCCGUGGUCGUCUCAUCAAGGUCACUUCAAAACGUACUAACAUUCAUGGCUUCAACCGCGGCCGAGGCCGUGGCGGAUAUCGAGGUGGCUAUCGAGGUGGCCAUCGCGGUGGAUCGUACGGAUUCAACCCUUACGCUCGCGGGCGUGGAAGGGGACGCGGACGCGGAUUCUAAACCUUCUGCGUGGACAUAUCUUCUUCGGCUUUGCCAUACUAUAUACUUUUUUUUGCUGUACUCCCUAGUUGCACCAACAAGCUGCC